CCCUCCUCCCCAACUCGGUCUCUCCUCCCUCUUCCUCUCGCCGGAGCAACCUUAGCUUUGUGACAACCUGCUCCGGAGCCCCCAGCGGAACAUCUGGCGGCCCACCCGGUAUCCCAAUUGGCGGGGCAAUGCCGCGUUAGCUAGCCGCCGUUUGCGCACUUCCGGCCGGGGUGGCUUUGUGCUGAGGAGUGGGGGUGGGAUGUAGAGAGAGAGAGAGGCGGACCAGCGCCGAGCGGCCUUAGCCCGGGGAUUUCUCUCUUAAAUACAAGAUGUCGACCAGGACGCCAUUGCCCACGGUCAACGAGCGGGACACGGAGAACCACUCGUCAGUGGAUGGCUUCGCAGAGCCUCCAGUUCCCCCGACCAAGUCUGCGAGUCGCCACAGCCUGCCGCGAUGUCGCAACUCCUUCACCUCCACGGAAGAGCACCCCCACAUCGGGAAUUACCGCCUCCUCAAGACCAUCGGAAAGGGGAAUUUUGCCAAGGUGAAGCUGGCGCGGCACGUCCUGACUGGACGAGAGGUGGCAGUGAAGAUUAUAGAUAAAACUCAACUGAAUCCUACCAGUCUACAGAAGCUCUUCAGGGAAGUGCGAAUAAUGAAGCUACUGAACCAUCCCAACAUUGUCAAAUUAUUUGAGGUGAUUGAAACGGAGAAGACACUCUACUUAGUGAUGGAGUACGCCAGUGGUGGUGAGGUCUUUGACUACCUGGUGGCCCACGGUAGGAUGAAGGAGAAGGAGGCCAGGGCCAAGUUCAGGCAGAUUGUGUCUGCUGUGCAGUAUUGCCACCAGAGGAGGAUAGUUCACAGGGAUCUAAAGGCUGAGAACCUGCUUUUGGACGCUGACAUGAACAUCAAGAUAGCCGACUUUGGCUUCAGCAAUGAGUUCACUGUAGGCAGCAAGUUGGACACCUUCUGUGGUUCUCCGCCCUACGCUGCCCCAGAGCUUUUCCAGGGAAAGAAGUACGAUGGCCCCGAGGUGGACGUGUGGAGCCUCGGGGUCAUCCUCUACACGCUGGUCAGCGGAUCCCUGCCCUUCGACGGACAGAACCUAAAGGAGCUGAGAGAAAGGGUCCUGCGGGGAAAGUACCGCAUCCCCUUCUACAUGUCCACAGACUGUGAAAAUCUGCUGAAGAAACUACUGGUGCUCAACCCGGUCAAACGUGGCAGUUUGGAGCAAAUCAUGAAAGACCACUGGAUGAAUGUGGGUCACGAGGAAGAGGAGUUGAAGCCGUACAUUGAGCCAGAGGCGGACUUCAGUGACUCAACCAGAAUAGAGCUCAUGGUGACUAUGGGCUUCCCUAAAGAUGAGAUCACGGACUCCUUACAAAACCAGAAGUAUGAUGAUGUCAUGGCCACCUACCUGCUGUUGGGAAGAAAAGCUCCAGAGUUUGAGGGGAGCGAGCCCCUGACCAACAGCGUCCUGGCUCAGCGGCAGCGGCCGACCAGCGACAUCAACAACGGCUCUAGUAUUUCUCCCGCCCACCCCAAAGUCACGCGCAGCAUCUCGGCCAAUCAGAAGCAGCGCCGCUACAGUGAUCAUGUGGGCCCGUCUGUGCCGCCGGCGGUGUCGUACACGCGGCGUGGCCAGGCGCUGAGCGUGGAGAGUGACCACCGGGAGGAGUGGGACGGAGCUCGUCGGCUGGAGCUGAGCACUUCCAAGGGAGAUGUUCCUGCCUCGCCACUGGGAGUACAGGAGAGGAAGAAAACAACAAGUAGUGUGGGGACCAACGGCUCAAUGACUCGCAGGAACACGUACGUGUGUGAGCGCUCCUCUACUGACCGCUACACCGCUAUUCCCAACGGCAAAGACAGCAGUUUAACCGAAGUGUCGGGCAGCACCCCGUCGACCGCAGUGACCUCCACGAGACCUCGUCACAUCAAGUCCAUGUCAUCUUCAGGACACCCUUCAAAGAGCACACUGCCCCCUAUUGAUGACAACACAGAGUUGAAAUCCAGCUCCUCUCCUCGCGGUCCCUCCACCUCGCCCUCCGCACACAGUAUUAGCACCCCGGAGAAAAACCGCUUCCCGCGCGGCACCACCAGCCGCAGCACCUUCCACGGGGCGCAGCUGCGAGACCGCCGCAGCGCCACCUACAACGGGCCCCCGGCCUCGCCGACGCUAUCCCACGACACGGGCGCCCUCGCUCAGCAGCGGCGAGGCACCUCCACCGGGAUCAUCAGCAAGAUCACCUCCAAGUUUGUCCGCAGAGCACUCUCUUUCAGGUCCACGCGGAGGGUGCCCAGUGAGGGAGAGGCCAGUGCCAGGACAGAAGCACCAAGGAGCGCGUCGGGCGACCCCAAGGAGGACGGCGUCCGCGACUCCAAGCCGCGCUCGCUGCGCUUCACCUGGAGCAUGAAGACCACCUCCUCCAUGGAGCCCUCGGAGAUGAUGCGGGAGAUCCGCAAGGUCCUGGACGCCAACAGCUGCGACUACGAGCAGCGCGAGCGCUUCCUGCUCUUCUGCGUGCACGGCGACGCCCGCCAGGACAACCUGGUGCAGUGGGAGAUGGAGGUGUGCAAGCUGCCCCGCCUCUCGCUCAACGGCGUGCGCUUCAAGAGGAUAUCGGGCACGUCCAUCGCCUUUAAGAACAUCGCCUGCAAAAUCGCCAACGAGCUCAAACUGUGACGGCGUCUCAUCACUGGAUUCUCUCGGCACUGAAAAGGUCCUCGCCGCGCAUUAUCAGGGUGGCCUCGGCUGGUCGCGUGCAAUACUGGCCACGAAUGUACUCGCUGCAAAGGACCACAUCCUUCAUUUUGUUUCUUCCUCACGUCACCUUGACUCGUCCGUCCACGCCCUGGUUCAUCAUCAACAUGCAGUACACAGCUGGAGAUCCUGCAAUAACUUUUUUUUUAUUUUUUUUUUUUUUUUUUAAUUUUUUUUUU